GUGAGAGUGUGUGAGUCGUGACGGUAUGGGUUGUGUACGCUGAAAACACAAGCUUGCAAAAACAAAAAUACCAAACCUUUUUAAAAAAAAUUAAGAAUUAACUAUUGCAUUAUACGUUAUUGAUACUUAUUAACUAAAGAUUUAGUUUAUGUUGUUUCGUGGCUUGAAAUAAGUAUAAUCAUGAUCUAAUCUAAACUGUAUUAAAUCAUCGAUUUCUCAUCUAUUUCAUAUUCAUAAUUUUCAUAUUUUUACAUAUUAAAAUAUAUAAAGUUUUGAUUAGAAAUAUAUUAUUUUGUAUUUAAUUUGUUUUAGUAAUACUAAAUUAAUACUUGUUCAAUAAACUUAAUUUUAUUUCUUAAUUUUUACAAUUUAUUAUCAUUAACUAAUAUAAAUUAUAGAAAACAUAAAUUUUUUUUUUUCGAAUUUUUGUUUUCAAAACAUUUACUUUUAGAAAAAAGAAGAAUAUGAUUGAGUUAAAUAUAUCAGUUUUAAUUGUAGCAAAUAAUAUAUCAACCCAUGUGUACUAAAUGCGUUAAAUUUUUUUUUUUUGGUGUAAUAAAUGCGUUAAAGUUAUUUAUUAAUAUCGUAUGGAAAGAGUUGAACUCUUAGACUUGAAGUAUGUCAUCUAGUCUUUCUACUCGUGGAAGAGGAAAUAAAAUUUCAAGCACAUUGGAAGCUUCUUUGACGGGAAAUAGUCAAACCUUUUCUUAUUCCUCAUUCUUCUUAUAACUUACGUAGAAUCGUUGUUUAUUAAAUUUAUUAAUUUACACAAAUAAAAAUAUCAAAGUAAUCGACUCAAGAUAAUACCUACUUGUCCACAUAUGUAGACUUAUAGACUAUUUAGUUAGUACUCUACAAAAUAUAUUAUAUAUACACAACACUUUUAUAAUUUUGAAAUGUAUAAACUCUUUUGCAGAUACUAACAUUUUACAUACUUUUAUUAUUUUAUUUUUAAAAUCAAGCCAUCUAAGUGAUGUACAGAACCUCAUCAUUUAAAAUGACUAAUAAGAAUUUUAUUUUAACAAAAAGAUAAAAGCUUAUUUAACUACCAUUUUAACUAUAUUUUAAUGUAUGCGAAAUUGUUAUUGUGUAUUGGGUCUUAUAUAUUUUAUGAUAUAUUUUCUUUCAAAGCUAAUUAUAGUAGCUAGAGAGCAGAUAUAUAUUUUUGCUAACUGGUUAAUAUUAUUAAAAAUGAUCGAAGAUUUACAAAAGUUUAAUAUCAUUACUAGAGAGCAAAUAUAUGAUACAAUAUAUUAUAAAUAAUAAAAUUUUCCCAGAACUAGUUUUCUUGACGCGGACAACCUCUAGUAAAAUAUUCAUCUUGCAUUGUUCAAAUUCUACCACUUCUCUUUUGUCUUCUUCUCGCCGAUUCAAGCCCAUUAGAUCACGACAAUGGUACUUCAAACCGUAUGUUUUUUUUUUGACAAAAGGGUUUCCUAUUAAAAAGGACAAACAUACAAGCUAUGACAAUGAAGUCAUGCAGUUUUGAAAGACAGAUAGAGAAUCAAGCAAAAUCUGUUCUGGAAUAUGAGAAGCCAAUAUAUAUCUAGGGUAAAUGUAAAAAUACAGAAGAAAUAAAUGAUCAAUAACUCUACUAGUUGAAGAGACUAUGACCACUACGUCCUCUUUUACCACAGUUUCUAGGGUUUAAAACCUUUUAUAUAUAGACAAAUACGUACAUACAUAGUUACACAAACACACACCAUAAAGCCUCAUUUAAUUUAAUCAUUCCAACAAUCCUAUCUUAUUUCAUCACCAAACAAAGCCAUGAUCUCUAGGCUUUUUGACUUCAUGAAACAAUCCAAGUCCAUUCAGCUAAAUAACAAACAUUCUCUCGAUAUAUACACAAAUACAUACACAUACCAUAAAGCGUCUUCAUCAUCAUCAACCCCCAAAGCUUUGUGUGAUGUUUUCAUCAACCAUAGAGGAACUGACACAAAGAAAACCCUUGCAACAUUGCUUUACGACAAUCUCAAAGCCCGUAACUUACGUCCAUUCUUGGAUUACAAGACCUUGAAACCCGGAGAUCAUAUUUUUGAUCAUAUCAACGGUGCAAUUCACACUUCUAAAGUCGCAGUGACCGUGUUUUCUCCCAACUAUGGCCAUUCUUAUUCAUGUUUGCACGAGCUUGCGCUUAUAAUGGAGUCCAAGAAAAGGAUCAUACCAAUAUUUUUCGACAUCAAACCUUCACAACUCGAUGUUGUGAUCGAAAGGGUAAGAUGUCCUGAUGAUGAAAUCCAACGGUUUAGAUGGGCUCUUCAAGAAGCUAGAGAUAUCGUCGGACUUAUGUUCGAUUCCGAUAAAGGGAAUUUAUCGGAGGUUGUUACAAGUGCAUCGGAUAUUAUUGUUCAGAGGUUGGUGGAGUUAGAGGCUGAAGAUGAAAGUGUCUAG